GGAAACGACGACAUAAAUUUACACAGUCUGUUUACUAACGGCGGCUAAACGGCCGUCGAAAAAAUCUAAUUGUUGUUUGUUAAAUCAGUUUAACUCAACGAGUGGAGCCCAAAUAAUUAGAGAUGGCGGAUCCUGCGGUGGCAUCGGGAGGUUCACUGAAUGCAGGAGGGCGUGGGAGUGGUGGUAAAGCGUCUUCCAGCCCUGCAGAGAACUACCACCUGGCCCGGCGUCGCACCCUGCAGGUCGUUGUCAGUGCCCUCCUGACAGAGAGUGGCUUCGAGAGUGCAGAGAAGGCAGCGGUGGAGACACUCACUGAGAUGAUGCAGAGCUAUAUAACUGAAAUAGGUCGGUGUGCUAAAGCUUAUUGUGAACACACAGCCAGAAGCGUCCCAACCUUGUCGGAUACAGUGGUCGCACUUAUUGAAAUGGGUUUCAAUGCUGACACGCUGCCUGUGUAUGCCAAGAGAUCACAGAGGAUGGUUAUAACUGCCCCUCCAGUGACAAACGCACCUGUGACUCCCAAAGCACUGUCAGCUGGACAGAAACGCACACAUCCAGCUCACAUCCCUUGCCAUUUCCCAGAGUUCCCUGACCCUCACACUUACAUCAAAACGCCAACGUUCAGAGAGCCAAUGUCAGAUUACCAAGUGGUGAGAGAGAAGGCAGCAAGUCAGAGGAGAGACGUGGAGCGAGCGCUCACACGCUUCAUGGCCAAGACCGGAGAAACUGAGAGCCUCUUCAAAGACGACGUCACUGCCUUCCCAUUGAUCGCAGCACGACCAACAACCAUCCCGUAUCUCAGCGCCCUCCUGCCAUCAGAGCUGGAAUUGCAGACUCUUGAGGAGACGGACUCUUCUGAGCAGGACGAUCAGACAGACAGCGAGAACGCAGCAGGAAACAACAUCAGUGAUGAUCCAGGAGCUGACAAAGAGAACUCCAUGCUCCCUUCCAGCGGCGUCGUUCCCUCUACAAAGGCCAGCGAGGACAACGUGAUCGACAACCCGUACCUCCGGCCGGUCAAGAAACCCAAAGUGAGGAGGAAGAAAUGAGUAUGGACCCGCCCGAACCAACAGACUCACAUUUGUCACAGUGGUUUAUGCUGUCAGCAGUCCAGUCAGUGAUUCCCUUCACACAGAUGAGCGGCCUGGUGAUGUGAGCCGGGACCAGCAGCUGUGUUUGCUCAAUGCUGGGACCAGUACUGCUGUUGGCUUUUUGUAUACUGACUAUGGAAGAAUUUUUUUUUUUUUUGUUAACUGUCAUUUUUCCAGCAACCCCUCAUUUUGAAUUUUCUGUAACCUUACCUAAGCAACAUUAUAGUGAAACAAACCAUACAGGAAUCCAGUCAUUUUGUGAAUAAAGAAAUAUAUAUUUCUUUUU